CGGUUAGCGAGUGCGAUGAAGAGUAAGACGGCAAUUCAAGUGCGGAAUUUCUACACAAACAAUGAGAGCAAGAUGCAGCUCAAUGAGAUUGUUAAUCGGCAAGAAACCCACCAGGAACCACCAUCACAUCAGGACAACAGUCGGGAAAUGCCUCGAAUGGGAUCUGCCUUUGAUAAUUCGCCGGGAAAAAACAGCAGCAGCAGCAACAACAACAACAAUAAUACUAAUACUAAUAACAAUAAUAACAAUAACCAUGCGGCUGCUCAGGCUCAUUUCCAGGCAUUACAAAAUUUCCCAUUCCCCGCGCCUUUGGUUACAAGUGGUGAACCUGUUGUGGUUCCAAAGCCAAGCUAUGGUAUCGGACCUACUUCAGUUGGAUAUUUCCCUCCAACCCACCGCCAGCCAAUGCAACAAGACCCACGUCGUAUCCAAAUGGAUCCAUAUGCUUCUUAUUCUUAUCCCACUGGAGCAUUCUCAAUCCACGAACCCUCUCAAUCUACUCCCACAGCCUCCCCAUCCACCUCUGCUGCCGUUGCCAAUUCUUCUGGUCGUUCUAGACCAUCUGGACACGGUGCAACACUCCCGUCCGCUGUUACCAAAGUAGCUGAUUUACUGAAUAGUGACGAUCCACCUGAAUCAACCUCAACAAAGCAAAGUUGGAAGGCUUGGUUUGGUGAAUGAAAAAUAAAAAACAAAUACUUUAUACACAU